AUGUUCAAAAAGAUCCAUUCUAUAUUUCACCCCAACUCCCAGCGAAGAAACGUGACAGAUGACAUUCCUUACAGUGAUGGAGCUGGUUCUGCAGUGAGACUGAUCCGCAGCACUUCCAUGUAUGUCCUUGGAGGUGAGCAGGAAAAAGUUAGUGAACCGCUAAAAAAAUGCAGAAGUACAACCAGCAUCGACUCUUGCUUUCAGCCAAAAGAUGAAGACAGAGACUGGAUGUACUCUAAGACUCAGGACUGCCUGAAGUACCUCCAGGAUCUGCUAGCCUUGAGGAAAAAAUAUCUUGAAAACAUCAAUAACUUGAAAUCCAUGCAUAUGGCUGCAGAUUCUCCAGCAUCCACAAGAUCAUCCAAAACUGGAAAAAAGUUAUUUCUUCCACUUCCUUCCAAAGAGACUUCUAAGGCAUCCAUGGAAAGAAAAGGCCCACAGUCCAGUUCAGAUGUAAGAGAAGCAAUAGCCUUCUUUGACUCAGUGAUUGCAGACCUGGACUCAGAGAGAUGGCGGAGAGUUCCCGACGUGGAUCUGCCAAAUGUGGAUGUUGAUUUUGAUGUUGCUACCAGUACGAGUGAACACAGUUUGCAUUCAAACUGGAUCCUUCGUGCUCCCCGGAGAUACUCACAAGACACUGCCCAAGCAGCUAAGCAAUCCCAAAGAAACAGUCAGAGGAGAACCACUGGCUCUAGGAAAAGGCUGGAAAGGCAUCCCAUGUACCUGCCCAAAGCUGUGGAAGGGGCAUACAGCACUUUAAAAUUUAAGCCUAAAACACACAAGAAAGAAUGUUGA